CAUUCACUGUGCUUUCUCUCUCCCCCUUUCCCAUUUUUCGAUUCAAACUUUUCUUUUCUCUCGAAAACCUCUGCGUUUACAGUUUCUCUCUUUGCUCAACUAAUAGGCGUUUUUCUUUCCCCCUCUUUUUAUUUUUAUUAGAAAGAAAUGCUUACAAACCCAAUUUUCUGAACCCGAAAUCCAGUAUCCCCGACCCGUAAAACACAUUCCUUGUUUUGUACUGUGUUUUUCUUCUUUCUUUUGAAUCGUUUUGCAUUUUUAUCGUGUUCUUCAGGUGAUAUGAGCGGAAGCUUAAUGAUGAGAUAGCAUUAGCAUCGUCUUCUUUUUCGUGGGAGUUCAUUUAUUGAGAUCAAUUAAAGUCUCGUGAACCAGUGAUCGGUUUCUCUGAAGACAAAACCCGCAUUCAUUUCUUCCUCUAAAUAUUCGUAAUCAUAACCUAAGACUCAGAAUCUUCCAUUAAUAAAACAAAAACAAACGUGGAAACUGAUGGAGCUGAUGGGGUUUUUGAUUAGCUAAAGUCAGCUGCUUAUUCCUCUAAGUUAGCUUUGUCUCGACAAUUAUUAACAAAAAUGUUGGAGCAUGAACUGUGUUCUUCUCGGGUUCUGUCGCCGUUCAGGGAAGAAAGCGGCGAUGAAGAGCUUUCGGUUCUUCCGAGACACACAAAAGUUAUUGUCACGGGAAAUAAUAGAACAAAAUCUGUAUUGGUUGGCUUGCAAGGCGUGGUCAAGAAAGCUGUGGGCCUAGGUGGUUGGCACUGGCUGGUUUUGAAGAAUGGGGUUGAAGUUAAGCUUCAGAGGAAUGCAUUGAGUGUGUUGGAACAUCCUACAGGGAAUGAAGUAGAUGAUGAUCCUGAUUUUGAUAACUCGAGCAGUGGAUCGGACAUUGGCGAGAAGGACCGCGAUUUCCCUAGUAACAUUGAGUUCCACAGGCCUGCCAAACCCAGAGUUCGAAAUACAAAACCAUGGCUGCCAUCUGCAUCCAUGAAAUCAACGAAUCGUACAGGUUACAGAGAUGUUCAAUCCAUUAUUCAUGCAACACAAUCGGUAAAUUUGGCAAGACUCGACACUGACUCCUUGCGAAGAUAUUGCAGGCACUUCAAACUUGGAAGCAUCAAUGGUUAUUCACCAAGGGAACAAAUACUUAAUACGGUGCAGCGGCAUUUUGUGUCACAGCCAGCGCUAAAUGAGGUUAAGGUGAUCUCGGAAUUCAUCACCGCUGCUAAGAGACUGAAAACUGACGACGCGCAGAGUGAGCAACUAUGAAUGUUUUCAUCAUUGUAUGUAGGACAUACAUAUUUUAGCGCUCUAACCUUAGAUUAGAAAAAAGACUAAUUCGGCAAGAGUUGUCGAUUGACCGACCGGAUUUCUCCCCGGUUUCUCUAACUUUGUAAUAUAGGGCUUAUGCCCUUUGUUAGUUUCCAGUACAUCUACCAUUCCCAUUAGUUCAUA